AUGGUUAAAAUGCCCGCUAAUCAAUUUCAAAGACAUAGCUCGGCGAUUUGUCAUCCACGAGAAUGUGCAGAAUGUGAUCAAUUAAUAAAACAAAUAUGUUAUUCACAUGAAAAUGAAAGAGAAGUUUUAUGUAGUAUUGAAACUGGUAGUACAAAAACUUAUACAUGUGGUGAACCAUGUGGAAAAUUACUUUCAUGUGGUCAUCAUAAAUGUACAAAAACAUGUCAUAAUGGACCAUGUCCAGAUUGUUUAUUAUUACCAGAAAAUUGUAAAACAUGUGCUUGUGGAAAAACAAAUAUGGAUAAUCAACAACGAACAUCAUGUGUUGAUCCUUUACCAACUUGUGAAAAAAUAUGUGAAAAAUUUUUAUCAUGUGGUCCUAUUGAUGAUCAUCAUCGAUGUUCAGCUCAAUGUCAUAAUGGUCCAUGUCCACCAUGCAAUAAACAAUCUAUUCUUAAAUGUCGUUGUGGACAAUCAAGUAAAUCAGCAUCAUGCAUAGAAGUAAUACAAUAUGAUCCAAUAAAAAAUCCUUUUUGUUGUGAACGACGAUGUAAUAAAAAAAAAAUAUGUGGAAAACAUAGAUGUAAUGAAUUAUGCUGUGAUCGUGAUAUGCAUGUUUGUGAAAUAAUCUGUGGUAAAACACUUAAUUGUGGUAUACAUAAAUGUGAAGAAUUAUGUCAUAAAAAUUUUUGUCGUAAAUGUCCAAUUAAUAGUUAUGAUGAAUUAACAUGUCGUUGUGGUCAAACUGUUCUUCAACCACCUAUUGAAUGUGGUACAAAACCUCCAAUGUGCAAUUAUAAAUGUAAUCGAACACAUGCAUGUGAUCAUCCUGUUUAUCAUAGUUGUCAUAAUGAAGAUGAAUGUCCACCUUGUACACAUCUUGUUUCAAAAAUGUGUGUUGGUGAACAUACAAUACGUAAUAAUGUUCCUUGUCAUUUAAAAGAAGUCUUAUGUGGACAACCAUGUGGUCAACUUCUAUCAUGUGGACUUCAUACAUGUCAACGUGUAUGUCAUUUAGGUCCAUGUCAAUCAAAUGAUCAAAAAUGUACACAACGAUGUACGAUAAAACGACGUGAGUGUGGUCAUCCAUGUAAUGUUGUAUGUCACGGACAUGAACCAUGCCCAAUAGUAACAUGUCGAGAAGUAAUUAAAGUUCGUUGUCCAUGUGGUCGUUUAGUAAAAGAUAUUGUUUGUAAUAUAAAACCAAAUGAAUCUAAUGGAGAAAAAGAUGAUAUUGAUUUAACUCAAUCACUUGUUCAAGCAUUAUCAGUUCGAACAAUUGAUUUAUCACUUGCACGUAAACAACCACAACAACAACAACAAUUAGAAUGUGAUGAUGAAUGUCGCAUAAUACAACGAAAUAAAAAUUUAGCUCAAGCUUUAUCAAUUAAUCUAGAUGAACCAAGAUCAACACCAAUUGUUUAUACAGAUUUCUUACGUGAUUAUGCAAAAAAACAUUUAGAAUUUGUUCAAACUAUUGAAAAACAAUUUACACAACUUGUUGAAGAAACUCAACGUCAUCGUGUUUCAAAACGAUGUUAUUCAUUUAAACCAAUGAAAAUUAAUGAACGUCAUUUAAUUCAUGAAUUAGCUUCGUUUUAUGGUCUUGAAACACAAGCCAUGGAUCCGGAACCAAACCGUAAUGUUGUUGCAUAUGCAUCGUAUGGCAUGUGUAAAAUUCCACCUGUUACGUUAAGUGAAACAACUCGACGAGAAAAACUCAAAGUACCACCUCCAGCACCAUUGACAUAA